CGCACGGAUUACAUACUAGUGUCAAAUCAAAGAGGUACACAUAACGCUCCUAACCAAAAAUAUUCUAAUAUUCCAUAUCAUUUAAUUCUUCGAAUAAUAAUUCUUUUUUGUUUUUGUAAAGGGAAAAGUGCUAGAUAUCAAAUUGAACCGAUAUAUGGCUGCUCCGUUGCUUUUAUUCUUCUUCAGCUCACAAGUUUCGCCGUCAUGUAUGGCUACUGCAUUGCUUUUAUUCUUCUUCUCCCCUUAACUCUGAGCACUAUUUUCUUGUUCAUAAAAUGGCUUGCCUCUCUGAAACCCCUAAAAAACCCUCCACCAUCGCCCCCAAAGCUUCCAAUAAUUGGAAACCUACACCAACUCGGCCUAAGCCCCCACAAAAUUCUCCGUUCUUUGUCUGAUAAAUAUGGGCCCUUGAUGCUUCUGCAUCUGGGCAGCGUGCCCUUCCUCGUAAUCUCAUCACCUGAUGCGGUUAAGGAAGUGUUCAAAACCCAUGAUCCAAUCUUCUCAAACAGGCCUAAAUCGAGCGUCGCUAGUGCGAUUUAUGACUGCAAAGAUGUCGCCUUUUCUCCAUAUGGUGAGUAUUGGAGGCAAGCUAAGAGCGUUUGCGUUAAUCAGCUGUUGAGCAGUAGAAAGGUUCAGUCUUUUAGAAAUGUCAGGGAGGAAGAGGUUUUUCUUGUGGUGAAUAAGAUUAGACAGUUGUGUCAUCCCGAGAGAAAAGUGAUCAAUUUGAGUGAGAUUUUUGCUUCUCUCACGAGUGAUAUAAUUUGUCGGGUGGCUUUGGGGAGCAAAUAUGAUGAUAGGAAGUUUAAGGAGAUUGUGGAGACAUUAGGGGUGUAUUUGGGUGCUUUUAAUGUGGGGGAGUUCAUUCCAUGGCUUGGUUGGGUCAAUUAUUUCAAUGGGAUGAAGGGUAAAGUUAGGAAGAUUGCUAAAGAAAUCGAUGAUUUUUUGGAGGAUGUGGUGAGAGAGCAUAUGAUGCUUGGGGGAAGAGAGAAAGUGGAUGAGAAUAAAGAUUUUGUGAAUGUUUUGCUUGAGAUGCAAAGGAAUGAGGCAAGUGGGUUUUCUCUAGAUGCCAUCUCAACUAAAGCUCUCAUCUUGGACAUGUUUGCUGCUGGAACUGAUACAACCUACACACUUAUCGAGUGGACACUGUCCGAGCUCAUAAGACACGAAAACGUCAUGAGAAAGCUGAAAAAUGAACUGAAAAACAUAGCAGGACACAAUUCAUCCAUAACCGAAGAUGACUUAGACAAAUGCCAAUACUUAAAAGCCAUUGUGAAAGAGACCUUACGCUUGCACCCUCCACUCCCACUGCUUGUCCCACGAGAAUCAAAUCAAGAUGUUAAACUAUUGAGUUACGAUAUCUCAUCAGGCACGCGAGUGGUCAUCAACGUGUGGGCCAUUGGAAGAGACCCAUCAUUAUGGGCCGAACCCGAAAAAUUUUGGCCUGAGAGAUUCUUGCAUGAUUCGGUGGGUUUAAAAGGGCAGUUGCAGUUUAUUCCGUUUGGCGGAGGUCGAAGGAUGUGUCCCGGGGCCUCUUUUGCUAUGGUUAUAGUCGAGCUUGUGCUGGCGAAUUUGGCCCUUAAUUUUGAGUUUGAGUUACCAGGUGGGCUGAAAGGAGAGGAUCUGGAUAUGUCAGAGGGUGAAGGAAUUACGAUUCAUCGAAAAUUUCCUCUGAGAGUUAUUGCUAACUGUGAGUCUAAUAUGUAAAACUCUAAAAUGAUAUGCAGAUUAUAUAAUAACAUCCUUAGAUGUUUCAAGUUUAGCCAUGUGUAAUAACUAAUAUGUAACAACUCAAAAUUUUUGCAAAGUCGACUCCCAAUUAAGCCUGAUAUUUAUUUCUUAUUUGGCCCAAACUUUUCUCUUUAUUUACUAGGUUUAGAAUGUGUUCUAAGAGUGUGUUUUACUCCUGAGACCGUUCAGGUGGGUGAAACAAAGAGAGACUAAAAUUAUUUAGGAUGAUUUACAACUAUGCUGUACCCGUUGCAAAAAUUUCCACUUAUAUGCUUGAUCAAUUUUAUUUGCAUCAAAACUAAAUUGGUUUCAAACAAUUAUACAUAUGCCUAAAAUUUGUUACCAACCAAAA